AUGAACGUGGCACUUAGCCGCAAACGUUCGCGCCUGACCAUUGACGAUGACGACGACGAGGUACCGUACCGCAGAGAGCCGUCGCCUGCCCUGCCAGUAUUAGGCGAGAACUUGAAGAGAUCGAAGACACAGUGCGAACUGGAAGAGCUAGACAUUAUAAGCCCGGAAGAAGCAUGGAGCGUGGAUCUAGACGCUAUACUUGCUAGCAACACGCUCGCGACUCCACCAGGCAGUAUGUUACAGGCGCAUGACAACUGGCCAAGGUACAAGGGACAGGGGUCAAUAAUAGUUUUGUGCGUGCAAGGAAACGUUCAAGUACACUACGAAUUGCUAUGCUCCGCACUACCAGACCUUUACGCUCUCUCGCCAUCCCUCCAAGCCCUCGUCCUCUGCCACGAUCCUUCGACACAUAGACUCUCUUCGUCUGCGCCCUUCUCGCUGCCCAUAAUACAAGCUGCGACACCUUCGAACAAUCACUUCGUCCGCCUAGGCCUACUACAUCCUCUUGGUGGAGGCAAAUUUCCAUUAGAUGCACUCGAGCAACCCACAGGCCUCUUCAUCGAUAAUGAAUUCGUGGACUCAUCAUCGCCAACAAACACAAUAUCAUCAAUCGACCCUGCCACGGAAAAGGAGAUCGCUGUAGUACAGGCUGCGUCCGAGCAGGAUGUUGAUCGUGCAGUCCAAGCAGCAAAGAAGGCAUUGAAGAAUCCGGAAUGGAAGCAAAUAUGCGUUACUCAACGUGGGCGACUCAUGGCAAAGCUUGCAGACUUGAUGGAAGAGAACAAGGAACUUCUUGCCACUAUCGAUGCUUGGGACAACGGUAAGCCUUACAGCGUAGCCCUCAACGAAGACCUUCCUGAAGCAUUUUCUACUAUUCGCUACUACGCUGGUUGGGCGGAUAAGAUUUCUGGGCAGACAAUUAGUACCACCCCUCAGAAAUUUGCAUACACUCUACGCCAGCCUAUCGGUGUUAUCGCUCAGAUUAUCCCUUGGAACUACCCCUUAUCCAUGGCUUGCUGGAAACUUGGACCUGCGUUAGCAUGCGGCAACACGGUCGUAUUGAAAGCAGCGGAACAGACACCAUUAUCGAUUCUCAUUUUAGCUAAGCUUAUCAAGCAGGCUGGAUUCCCGGCUGGCGUUGUAAAUAUCUUGAACGGGCUUGGACGGGAAGCAGGUGCAGCGCUGGUACAACAUCCUCUCGUCGACAAAGUCGCUUUCACGGGCUCUACCACUACUGCAACCCAGAUCAUGAAGAUGGCUGCUGCAGGACUGAGGAACAUUACUUUGGAGACUGGAGGCAAGUCUCCGUUGAUCGUCUUUGAAGAUGCCGACAUGGAACAAGCGGUACGAUGGUCGCACGUAGGUAUCAUGUCGAACCAAGGCCAGAUUUGCACGGCUACUUCUCGUAUACUUGUUCAGGAGUCGAUUUUCGAUUCCUUCAUCACCCAGUUCCGCCAGCGGAUCAAGGUCGUUUCUGUUAUCGGUGAUCAAUGGAGCGAUGAUACUUUCCAAGGUCCUCAAGUCACUAAACAACAAUACGAACGGGUGCUCUCAUACGUCGACAUUGGUAAAUCUGAGGGUGCAAAGCUGAUUGAGGGUGGAGAGGCUUGUGAAGGCAAUGGCUACUACGUCAAGCCCACAAUUUUUACAAAGGUCUCGCCCAACAUGCGCAUCUAUAGAGAGGAGAUUUUUGGGCCUUUCGUAGUGAUCGCAACUUUCUCAAGCGAAGAGGAAGCGAUAAACAUGGCCAACGACUCGAUCUUUGGUCUCGGCAGCGCCAUCUUCACAAAGGAUCUUGAAAGAGCUCACAGAGUGGCUGCGGAGAUUGAAUCGGGCAUGGUUUGGGUGAACAGCAGUCAGGAUUGCGACUACAGGAUACCUUUUGGUGGUGUCAAGCAAAGCGGGAUCGGACGGGAGCUUGGUGAGGCAGGGUUAGAGGCCUACUCACAGUUGAAGGCGGUGCAUAUCAAUAUGGGUAAUAAGCUGUAG